AGCUGCCGUACUUUCUGAGGUCACAUGAUUUUGUUUACAAGGAAGUAGCGAGUCACUAUACAACUAUUAAACAUCCACGCCUAUCAACAAUGUAACAAAGAUAUAUUUAAAGAAACGGUUUGGUUAAUAUGCGGUGUUAAAUAUCGUUCUUUAUAAGAAGCAAGGGGUUCAUUUUAGCCUCAUAGCAUAUGAGCUAAAGUAAGCUGAGCUAGCUUUGACACUCAGGAGCUGUCUUUGCCUUUUUCUAACUGUAAUGUUGACAGCAGAUCUCCAGAUGUUUAAGCUGGCUUUUUAAAUACAGUUCUCAUUAGAAGCUAUGCGAUCUUUAAACUACGUCCAACGUGUCAGCUUGGACUUUUCAGGGACCCUGUUUCCUCAUGCUAUCUGUCUGGGAGAUGCAGACAACGACUCGCUGAAUGAGCUGGUUGUAGGGGACACCAACGGGAAGCUGUUUGUAUACAAGAAUGAUGACUCAAAACCCUGGGUCACCAGAACCUGUGUGGGCAUGCUGACCUGUGUUGCAGUUGGAGAUGUCUGCAAUAAAGGAAGGAACUUUGUGGUUGCCGUCGGUGCGGAAGGCUGGUUCCACCUCUUUGACCUGACAGCUUCCUCUGCUAGUAAAUCAGAUUCAUCCAGUCAGCAUGAAUUCAUGUCCUUCGAUGACCAGAAGCCCCUCUUCACCCAACAUAUUCCCGCCAACACUAAAGUCAUCCUCAUAAGCGAUAUUGAUGGAGAUGGCCGCAGUGAGCUGGUGGUGGGAUACACAGACCGGGUGGUGCGUGCUUUCCGUUGGGAGGAGCCAUCUGAGGGAUCGGAGACGGGAUCCGGUCAGCUGGUUCUCCUGAAGAAGUGGCUUCUGGAGGGGCAGGUGGACAGUUUGUCGGUGAACCCGGGUCCGGAGGGUUUACCGGAGCUGAUGGUGUCUCAACCUGGCUGCGGCUACGCCAUCCUGCUGUGCUCCUGGACCCAGCAGGACUCCUGCAGCUCCGGGGAGGAGGCCCCCGCCACCCCCGGGAGUGAGGGACCCUCCAGAGAUGUGGUUCUCCAUCUGACCACCGGGCGGAUACACAACAAGAAUGUCUCCACUCAUCUUAUCGGCAGCAUCAGUAAAGGCUCAAAAGAAGAAUCUUCUAAAUGUGGGCUGUUUGCUCUCUGUACGUUAGAUGGCACCCUGAAACUGAUGGACAGCUCCGAGCAGCUGCUGUGGUCGGUCCAGGUGGAUCAUCAGCUGUUUGCUCUGCAGAAACUCGACGUCACUGGAGACGGCAGAGAGGAGGUGGUGGCGUGUGCCUGGGACGGCCAAACAUACAUCAUUGACCACAACCGGACUGUGGUGCGCUUCCAGUUCGAUGAGAACGUCAACGCCUUCUGUGCGGGUCAGUACACCUGUAAGGAGGGGAAGAACAGCCCCUGUCUGGUAUACGUGAGCUUCAAUCACAAAAUCUACAUCUACUGGAAGGUGGAGCUGGAGCGCAUGGAGUCCAGCAACAUGUUACGAGUCCUGGAGGACAACCCCGAGUUUAAAGACCAUCUGAAGGUGCUGGGAGUCGAUACUGAGGGCCCGGCAGCAGUUAGAGCGGUGGUGACAGAUGUUCUCUACAAUGAUUCGCACACUUUACACACUGCUGUCCCUGUGGCCCCCUGACUGUAAAUACCCUGUUAAUAACCACUGAAUGAAUGUCUCUUGUGCUCUUGUUAUUCGUGUUCCCCGCAGACGGACGUGUCAGGUUCAGGUUUCUGAUCCGCUCGCUGCUGGCUGUACAAACUGCCCGGCUCAUCUGUAUUCAUUAGCCCAGGUUGCUGAAAGAGGAUAACAGCAUGAGGUAUAGUGCAGGGGAAAUUAAAAAAAAAAAGGUUUACUGAUUGAGGAGAAUCAGCUUUGGCAUUGUGGUGCUGUCUAGAUUGCAGAUUGUUACUUUGAGUACAUUUUUUCGUUAACCUUGUAAAAACCAACACUCCUCUUGCAUCAAGUCCUGAGAGCUAAGAGUGUAAAAUGAGUCUUCCAGGUGAAAAAUUAGAUCUUUAAAAGUCUUAAUUCUGCUGUAAGAAGCAUGAGUAUGCCGACAAUUAGAGCGUAGUUCCUGGUCAUAACUAGUUUAUAACCUUGGACUUUGGCCUUCUUGAUCAUAAGGCCAUUGCAAUUACUAGCGCGAAAUAUGAACUAAAAAGUCAAAGUAUGCCAUUUUAAAUGCAGCUGUCACAAGGUUGUAUUUUGCCUUAGCUCUGUCCAGCUCAAUCCAUGUGAUGUGACUGAUUGUGGGUCAUAAAUAGCUUGAAAAUCAUGCAGUCUGGUUUACUGAAAAAUGUGAACGGAUGCAGUUGUUAUUUGUGGGCAAAAUGAAUUUGACGUACUUUGUGUUGGGUGGUAUAAAGAGUGACGGUUAUCAUGAUGUAUAUUUGCUUUACUAUUACAGUUGGAGAAAAAAAUAAAGUACAAACAAAAGUAGA